UUCAACUUCAAAGUAUUUUUGUAAUAAAUAUUUUUUGUUGAUUUUCAACAAGAAUUAAUAAAAUACAAAAAUAUCGCAAAUAAAUGGAAGAAGUCGAUUUAAAAAACUUUCAAAUAGUCAAGAACGAAAGGGGAGUUUUAUUUGUUAAUAAAAACAAUGUAAUGCUUCAAAAUUCUGCAACGGGCGAAGUGCUCACAACCGCCUAUAGUAAUGUUUCUUCAUUUUAUGGUCUUGACAAUCAUUCGUCAGAUGCAAAUAUAAUCACAGAAGAUAACUAUCAUGAAUCUUCACCAGAAAUCAGUAUGAAAGAGGAUCCAGCCGAUGAUGAUUCUAGUUCAGAAGAAGUACCAGUGGAAGAAGAAAAACCAAGACCAGCUCUUAAAUGGGAAAGAGAAGAGACCAAAUACAUGUUGAAUUUAUACGCAAAGUAUAUCGAUUCAAUUGGACCAGAAAGACGGUUCCGUACCAAAAAAUUGAUGUGGGCUCACAUAGCCACACUACUUUCAAAUAAAUUUAAAAUGAGUCCCAAUGGAACGCAAGUAGAAAGUCGAUACAAAUGCGUUGCUAAACGCAACAAGAAACUAAAUAAAGCUGCAGAGCAAGUUGCUCCUCCGCAACGAAACUAUGCUUUUGCUAAUUUCGAACAAGAUGAUCCCAUCGAUAUUGAUAGGGUUAUGGCGCCAAAACAAAUUAUCAUGAUACCUCGAAGAACGGUUACAGUCCCACCGCCUGAUCCAGCUACCUUGAUUAAAAUGAUACCAACCUCUACUGAACCAGAUGAAGAAGUUCUCGUUGAAGGAGAUGCAUCUGGUUCGAAAAGAUACAGGAAAACGCCUCAGAUUGUUAUGUUUGAAAAAUAUUUGGGACAAAAAGCCAAGUUUUAUGAACAACGUGAAGCUAAAUAUGAUGAACGAGCCAGACAAAAAGCUGAAAGAGAAAGGCUAAGGGAUAGAAUAAAACAAAAGAGAGAAGAAGAGAAAAAAGAAAGAGAAAAUAAAAAGGAAAUAAUGAAGCAACAGAGGCAUUUGGACAAAAUUAUGUUGUUGAGACAGAUUUUAAAUAAAGAUAAAACAAAUACAAUUUAAAACGAAAUAAAAUUAAAU